GCGGCGGCGGCCGCCGGAGGAGCGGCGGGAGCGGCGCCGCAGGCGCUUCAAGAAACUGAUAAACGCAUGAGAGAAGAUGACAAGAUCGAGAUCAAGAUCACCACGAUGGAAACCAAGGUCCUUAUCUCCAGCUUUUAGGACUCCAGAGCACCAUAGGCAAAGACAUGCUCAUGUUAAUUAUGACUGUGAAUAUAAAAGCUUUCGUAAGGACCCAAAAAAGUCUAUGCCUUGGAGAACAGAAGAUGAAAAGUAUGGACAAAGCAAUUCCAGGUUUGCACCUCAUGGAAAUAACCACCAGAGAAUAUAUGAACGUAGGUCACCUUCACCAAACUUGAAAAGAAUUCCCAUGGAAGAUGCUUACAGUCAUAAGCCCUACAGAACACAUUCAUCUGAAAGGACUGAAAGCAAUAGGAGAUGCCAGUUACCACCAAAAUACUCGGAAGUACCUUAUAAAGAGCAUGAUCGUCCGUUUUACCAGCACAAAAUGGAGGACAGAUACAUGUUUGAUCACUACAAAGUCACUGGAAAUGAAAAAGGAAUGAAACCUUUUCAUAGACCUUUAGGGGCUUCAUGCAAACUUGAAAGAAAAUGGCAUGAAGAUGACUUGAGGCACCAGAGAUUACAUGAAGAGAAGUAUGGUCAGUCACCCAGAAGAGUUUCUGAUGAAUUUACGGCAAGGAGCUCUUUACAGAAGAGGUAUCCUGAAGAUCACGAUUACAGAGAAUAUGGGCACGCGUCUAAAAGGGCUAAGGAAAUGGAGAGGUAUGACGCUGGAGAUGUAGCGAGAAAUUCCAAGUGGAAGCAAGAACGUUCUUUUCCACCCUGCCAGGAAAAGGAGGAGCAGAGAUACCCGGGCGCGCAGUCGCAGCGCUCGGCCGAGAGGGAGCACCUGGGGGGGCCUGUCCCAAAGAUAGCCUACGAGUACAGCCACAAACGGCGCCGGCAGCCCGACGGGGAGAAGCCUUUUGCAGCAGACAGAGCUCCCAAGUACGUGAAGCAGGAAGAGCAGAAGUACGGCUUUUCCAAGGGUGCCCGGAACAGCAAGGAGCUGGAUUACUGCCCUGGGGGCAGAGCCAGGCGGACUGAAGAACGGCACGUUGAGGAACCUGUUAAAUGCAGUUCAAAGAAGGGCUGCAAUGCUUGUGUUAACUCUUCCAAAACAGAUGUUGAGCUGAGGUCUUGUAAAAACAAACUGAAUGAAAGAGUGAGGAAAGAUGGGGAAUUGAGGAAAAACGUAGAUUCCUCCAAUAGCCAGCGUGAUGCAAGUCAUACUGUUUCAGAUGUCAAAGUGUCAGAGGCCAACUGUAUGAGAGAACAUCUCACAGUCAAAGUGGAUAUGAAGAAAAUGGUGACCAAGUACAGGACUGCUUCUAGUCACACUACAGAGAGACAGAUGUCCCAUGAUCUGGUUGCUGUUGGCAGAAAAAAAGAAAACUUUCAUCCAGUGUUUGAGCACAUGGCAUCUGUAAAACAAAACAUUGAAAACGACCCUUCAAAAGAAUUUACUCAGGAAAUAAUCACAAUUAUUCAUCAAGUUAAAGCAAACUAUUUUGCAUCUUCUGACAUAACUCUGCACGAACGGUUCUCAAAAAUUCAGGAUAAAUCAAGUGCAAAUACAAAAGAAGUGAAAACACAUCUGGAUCCAGAAAUUCACAGGAGGAUUGACAUGUCUCUAGCAGAACUUCAGAACAAACGAACUGUGCCAUCUGAGUCCCACCAGAACAUUGUAAGAGUGUUAGAAGAUCCAAAUGAUCUACGGUAUGAUAUAGAAAGGAGAAGAAAAGAGAGAUUGAAGAAUGAAGAUGAGAGAGUGUUUCAUGUAGAUGGUGUAACUCCAAGGAACCAGCAAAGCUGUAGUCUUUCAAAGUUACAAACAUCUCAAGUUGAUGGUUUCCAAAAGCCUAUGAGGUUUAUUAAGCCACCUUUCAGGAAAUUUAUUGGGAGACCUCAUCUGAAUUCUUACUAUGCUUCAAAAUCAAGUGACACUUACCCCCACAGACGUAUUAGAGGACACCUUGAAAAUGCAGGACCCAUCAGAAGGCACUUUAAGAGCAACUUUGCAGAUGGCCGUUUGCAAUCCCAUUAUAAAUCAGGCUUAGUGCAGAAGGGUUUAUAUAUUCAGGCUAAGUACCAGCGGUUACGUUCUGUUGGUGUAAGGGGAUUUGCCACUAAUAAAUUCAGAGAUGGAUUUUUGAGGAAAGAAAAGGGAAAUCUAAAUAUUGCAACAGAAACCUGAACUGAGCUGAGAUCCUGAAGUUGAAACAGAUAACACAGCGAAGGGAUCAUCUGUUCAGUUUUUGACAACUUUCUCAAGACUUAAAAAAGGAUAAAGGAACUAAUGCUGUAACUUUCUUUAUUAAAAAAUAACUUUAUUUUGAAUGCUGCAGAACUUUUUUACUGUUUUAAUAAUUGCUUUUAAAGUACAGUAUUCAAUUAAGACAUCAUAUUAUGUACCUUUAGUUCUGUGUGCAUACGAGUCUCAAGUAAGGAAGUCACUGAAGGGAGUCUUAUUUAUUGAGUACUUUUUUUCCAAGCAUGAUGUUACAGAUGGAACUUGAGUUGUUAUACCUAGAGGUUUCUAUGUUGAAAGUUUAUUGCUAAUGUAAUAAUAAAAAAGAAAAAAAAAAGUGCCUGAAUUGUUUGGUAAUAGCACAUUAGCUCAGGAUUUUCCAGUUAAUGACCUUUUAGGUUGUGCAAUAGAUUUUACACCUCUGUUCAGUCAUUUCCAUAAAACAGUAUUUUGUAUUACUUUGGAUUAAUAAUACACUUGGAUUUCUGAUGUGUAUAUACAUUUGUAAAUUGUUAGAAUGUUGGGACAACUUUCAGCAUUUGGUUAAAAUUAAUGGUAACAGGCAGUUAUGUAAAGUACUGUAGCAGUAGCUUAUAACUGCACUGAAAGCAUGCUUGGGUUUGUUAGAAGAUUGGUUGGUGUGUAUUCAAAAUUAUUCUGUCUCAUAUUUCAGUGUAUGAGAUUCUUGACCAAGCCACAUGUUCUCUAAUCUUUUUCAUCAUAAAUUAUUUGAUGAUUUUGUGAAUUCUAAAAUUGGUGCCUGAAGUAUUAAAUUACAAGAAAAACAAAAAAUGUAAGUUUUUGAAAGCGUGUCUUCUAACAAAAAAAUUGUUCAUGAUUGAAACUGCUUUAAAUGCAGACAGCUGGUGAUUUUGUUCUGAAUGAUUCUCUGAAGUUUACCAUACUGCAGUAUUGUUAAGCUGUGUGCAAAACUCAAAUAGCCAGACCUGUUUCAUAAGCAGCUAUAAACAGUAUUGUGUUUAUUUCCUGUUUAUAGCCCUUGCCUUAAUUCAUUAUCUAUGGUAGGGUUGUGUGUAUGUAUUGCAGAUCUGUUCAGACUUCUUAUUGACAGUAAAUUAAAGAUGCAGAGCACGUAGUCUUAAGAGACGUUCUUUUUCAAGAAAAAAGUUAAUUCACAAUAUCUUCAAUACAUGCAGGCAGAUGUAUUUCCAUCUAGAAUGCAGGCUGGUCUCUGUUGUGGCUGGUAGACCAGAAUUCCAGUUCUGGGUUAGAGGUAUGUUCACAGGAAAGGAAAUUUGGUUUUCUGGGUGGAAAGCCAGGAUGUGAUUUCUGCAUGCUUUUUUGUAAUGUUUUUUUCCACAAUGCCUUCAGUAAAGAGACUGUUUGAAAAUGUAA